CCUCCCGUCGUGCACCGCGCAACAGCCUGAUAAAGGCCUCAUUCCAGCUCCACUGAGUUUGAGAGACGAUAAUGGAUAACAGAGCGAGAUGGGCACAAGGUUAAGUCUCUCUUGGUUUUCAGGCGGCCGAGCGGCGUUUGCGACCCUCAGGCACCCGCGGCUCGUGUAACUCCUUUUCCUCCUCGCAUUAGUCGGAGCCGGAAUCAAGCUUGGCUUUCAGCCUCCCUCCCGCCUCACGACAGCCGUUGCGCUCCGUUCUCGGAUAGGUUAGCCGUCCUCGCGCGGAGGAUGCUGGGAAACGCAGUCCCUUUACCGUACGCUUCGUACGAGGCGCUAUGUGGCGAGUAACUCCAUUUCCCGUCUUUCCUCGCUGCCGGCGGUAGGCGUGCGCCCACAUACUGGGACGUGUAGUUCCCCGGACCUAACAGACAACGGGGCUUUUGGGGAUCAGGGGACUCCAUGUCCCAUCAUGACUCUCUGCAAGAGACCGAAUGGGCUGUCCCUGCGCCUCCGCUUCUGGGAAAUGGAGUCCUCCCUUCAGCAGCAGAUAAGGAGGCGGAUGGUGGCCAGGACUCCAUUUCCCAUCCGCUCUUGCAACAGGGCCGGGCUGGGCCGGCUCCCGAGCCGCCUCAGACGGAGCCAGCCAGCCAGCGCGGCCCCCCUUCCCUUUUCCCCGGUCCCGGCCUCACCAUGAGUAGCGGCAGCGCCGGCUCUUCCCGGCCCCGGACGAGUUCCUUCGCAGACCCGUCAGGCGGGGCUCCCGCCACGGCCCCCGCCGCGCCGGGCCCGACUUCGGGGGCAGCGCCAGGGGGGAAGCCCGGGGGGGCUGCCGGGCCUGGGCCGGGGGGAGGCGGGACCAGCACGGCGGUCGGCUCCUUCCCAGGGCUGAAGCUCGGCCGAGAUAGCGGCAAGGUGACCACUGUGGUGGCCACGCCAGGUCAGGGCCCCGACCGCCCCCAAGAAGUCUCUUAUUCUGAUAUCAAGGUCAUCGGCAAUGGGUCGUUUGGGGUCGUCUACCAGGCCCGCCUAGCAGAUUCCGGUGAGCUGGUUGCUAUCAAGAAGGUGUUGCAAGAUAAACGGUUUAAGAACCGUGAGCUGCAGAUCAUGCGGAAGCUGGAUCACUGCAACAUUGUUCGCCUGCGAUAUUUCUUCUACUCAAGCGGGGAGAAGAAGGAUGAGGUUUAUCUUAAUUUAGUUCUGGACUUUGUGCCCGAGACGGUGUAUCGUGUGGCCCGCCACUUCACCAAAGCCAAACAGACCAUCCCUGUUAUCUAUGUGAAGGUGUACAUGUACCAGCUUUUCCGCAGUCUUGCUUACAUCCAUUCUCAAGGUGUGUGUCAUCGGGACAUCAAACCUCAGAACCUGCUGGUGGACCCCGAUACAGCAGUACUGAAGCUUUGCGACUUUGGCAGUGCAAAGCAACUGGUGCGGGGAGAACCCAACGUUUCGUACAUCUGCUCUCGCUACUACCGUGCUCCUGAGCUCAUCUUUGGCGCCACAGACUACACCUCAAACAUAGAUAUCUGGUCCGCUGGCUGUGUGCUGGCAGAGCUGCUGCUGGGGCAGCCUAUAUUUCCUGGAGACAGUGGAGUGGACCAGCUGGUGGAGAUCAUCAAGGUGCUGGGGACACCAACGCGAGAACAGAUCCGAGAGAUGAAUCCCAACUAUACGGAGUUCAAGUUCCCCCAGAUCAAAGCACACCCCUGGAUAAAGGUGUUCAAGCCCCGCACGCCGCUGGAGGCCAUCUCGCUGUGCAGCAGGCUGCUGGAGUACACACCUGCCACCCGCCUCUCCCCGCUUGAGGCUUGCGCCAACAGUUUCUUUGACGAGCUGCGUGAGCCCAACGCACGGCUGCCCAAUGGCCGUGACUUGCCCCCGCUCUUCAACUUCAGUCCUGUGGAGCUGUCCAUUCAGCCAGGGUUGAAUACCAACCUCAUUCCACCACAUAUUCGCUCCCAGGCUACUUCAGUGGGAUCUGUGCCUGGCUCCACAACUUCGCACAGUGAGGGGAGAAUGGGAUCCGAGAGGAGCCAGGUGACGCCAGGAGACGGUGCAGGACCCAUUGCCAACACAUCCUGAGGGACUGCUGGGCCGGGGGGCAGGUCCCCUCCACUACCCCCUACCCUCCAGGCCACCCACAUGGACUUCUCUGAACUGUGAAUGGCGGGGGAAAGCAACUGUGGCCUGGGGGAUCAUGUGGAGCCUGCCUCCCGUCGGCCAAGGGGGAGGCCAGUCAGAGAUGAAAUGGCCACUUGAAUGGGGGGGAGGUCCCUGUCUCCCUGAAUCUCUUGCGAUUCAAUCCCAUGUUGUCCCAUGAUGCCUCGGCAUGGGGAGAGGGCAGAAAAUCCUAUGGCUUAAGGGCUCCCUUUUUCAAAAGCAGUCAAGGUUGGUGCCUCGGGGGGGGGGAGACACAAGAGCUGCCACCACACUGUCUUCUCCUCCUCCCACCUUCCCCUAGUAUGUCCCAGUUUGAUUUUAAGUUCCUCUUGUUUUUAACAUCCCCCAAGAAAAAAACAUGGUUUUAUUUCUAGUCUCAUGUCACCUAUGCUCUUUGAUCUCCAACCCUGUGGCCCUUCACACUGGACUAUUCCCUCACUGGGUGCCCUUCCCACAUCCCGGACCUGUCUGCCUCUGAAACAUGGAUGCUGUAUUUUUAAAAGGGUCAGUCUCUUUUUUAAAAUCCCAGUAAAAUUCAAUUUGUUAGAUUCAGGUGAGGAAUUAGGACCAUUCCUCUCCCCCUGAAACGCCUCUCUCCCAAGCCUUGCCAUUUGCUGGCUGCGCCUCCACCACAAUCUCUUAAUGGGAACAAGAAACUCCUCUCCCCCUUGCCUUGGAUUGUGAGGGGAGCAUGGCCAACCAUUCCUGACCACCACCACUACCCUCCGCACGGGCUGGUCUUGGAGCUGUUCUUCCCCAAGCAGGCAGAUAAAUGAUAGCAACUUGCUCUAAACGUCAGCUUUGUCUGCUCCCCAGCACCACAAAUCAAUGAUGUGGAGGGAGGGGGUUCUCUCAAAGGGGGAGUGAAGAAGAAGGCAAGUUUUAAUUCCAUGCCCUUUCCCCUUUUGCUGUGUAAAUACAUCUCUUUUCCCUCCCUCUCCCUCAAUGGCUUCCUUUUACCAUUCUCCCUGUAAAUAAUUAUAAUUUUUUUCUUAAUGCAAUGUUGCAAUGAUUGCCCCAAACCCUAUUUCCCUCUCCACCUUCAAAUCGCUCUAGGAUUGAGGGUUCCCCCUGGGGAACCAGAGUGCAGCCUGUGGAUACAUUUCCCAACCCCCAUGCCCAUCCUCAUCACUGCCCUUCUCUCCCUUCCAACAUUGUGUGUUAGUUUCUUUCUUAGGUUUUUUGGCUGUGUACAGACAUCCGGUUCAAUAAAUUAUUGGCAUGAACGGAAAGAA